AUGGACAGCCCGUCCGUCGUGGACGCCGAGACGGCGAGGAAACUGUCGCUCUUCCGCCCUCUGGGUUAUCAGCGCAACUCGUGUGGUUACUGCAAAUCCGAUAACGGAUCCGCCUCCUACUACGCCAGUUCGGUCGCUGUCCUCCCAGAGCAUUACGAGCUGCUCGUCAACGGCGGUUGGAGAAGAUCGGGAACCCUCUAUUACAAACAGAACCUGCAGAGGUCGUGCUGUCCGCACUAUACCCUUAGACUAGAAGCGUCCGCCUUCAAGCCCAGGAAGGACCAGCGAAAAGCCAUCAACCGCUGGAACAAGUUUGUCCUGGGCCCCGAAUACAUCCGUAAAGCCGCACGCCUGUGCCCAAAGACUAGAGAAGAGAAGAAGCACCGAAAAUGCCACUUUGACCUCCUCACCGCGGUCCAUGAGGCCGAAUACGCCAAUGUCAAACGGCCCAUUGACCCAGAGACCAAACGGCCUCUGGAGCCAGCUCAUCGGUUUGAAGUAGUCAUUGAGGGAGAUUCUGUUUCUCAGGCAAAAUUUGAUCUCUUCCGCAAGUACCAGGCCACAAUCCACAGAGAAGACCUGUCCAGAUGGAAGACCAAAGACUUCACUCGCUUCCUCUGUUCGGGCCUCAAGCGGUCGACUGUUAAAAACGGCCCCAAAGAACGCAAGCUAGGAUCCUGGCACCAAUGCUAUCGCCUCGACGGGAAGUUGAUAGCCGUCGGUGUUCUGGAUCUCAUGCCCAACGGUGUGAGCUCAGUCUAUCUGUUUUAUGACCCCGGCUAUGAAAAGUGGGAGUUUGGAAAGCUUAGUGCACUGAGGGAGGUAGCCCUAGCUCUGGAAGAUUCCUAUCACUAUUACUACAUGGGCUACUACAUACAUUCGUGUCAGAAAAUGCGCUACAAGGCAGCCUAUCGACCGCAGUUCAUUUUAGAUCCGGAGAGUGGUACCUGGGAUCCCCUCGACGGGGAACUGACCCGGAAGCUCGAUGUGCGUCCUUAUGUGUCUCUGUCCAGGGACCGACGACUGGCUGCCCAGACGGUGUCAGAGUCUGCACCGGAAAAGGAAUCAACAGCCCAGCCUGACCCUGACGAGAAUGAUGAAGACCUGUCCAUCUUCGAUCUCCAUAUGCCUGGUGUCAUGACGCUUGAAGAAGUCGAGGCGCUAGAUCUUGAUCACUGGCUGCUUCUCGUCCAUGGUACCCUUGUUCAUAUGAUUGACCUUGUUGGAUGGGAACGAAUGCCUAUUCAAAAUCCCCAAUCCGUUAAAGGGAUCGUUGCGGAACUCGCCGCCGUUCUUGGUCCUAGUGUGGUCAAAGAAAGUGCCGUCGUGCUGUUCGACUGA